CAUAAAGCGAAGCCCUGCUAUGGCACGUGAUCCGUCGGUGUCAUGUGACCAGCUCAAAGGUGGAGACGCUUCUUCCUGAUAGAAAGGUAAUGCAAAAAUGACCACCCAGAGAUACAAAACUGUUGUUCAGGGAGAAGCCUCAGAGACUGAUUCAGAGGAAGAGGUUUAUCUGUCCUCCAUACCCCAGGCUUCAUGUCCCAACCUUUCUGGUGUAAAAAUUGCUGGGGAGGCCUCUGAAACAGAUGAGGAGGAAGAUGCAAGCCCCUGUAGGCCAAAAGCAGAGCCUAAAUUGAUCAGCACGGACUUGCCUCCACUGAUUGUUUUCAGGAAUGAGGAUCUGGGGUCCCCCACAGCGGUUGAAGAGAAGCCUGCCCUUCGUAUCAGACACCGCGGCCGCUAUAGCACUUUGCUACAGCAGAAGCUGAUUGAGAGUAAUGCCCGCUUGUACUACGAUGUCAGCAGCACCGUCAAGCAAGUGUACCAGACUGCUAUCAAGGAGAUUGGGGCCAUAACUGGACAGCUCAGUAACUCCCAAAAUGGCAUCAUCAGUGCAUCACACAACAUCCGGCUUGUCCUGGAGGACUUGCGUGCUGUUGCAGAAAAGAUUGACAUCAUCACCAGCUGCAACCUGCUUCCUGAUAUCCAGAUAGAGCUACCUCCAGUAAACAAUUAGCUGGUUCUAGAACAAUAAGAGGCCAAUUAACUGCUAUUUGCAGACAGUUAAAGGUGGAGAGAGAGAGA